AUGGGUGAAUCAUUUACAAUCCAAAUCAGCAGCAAUUUAGUUAGACAGCUAGCCGACGAUCCUGAAAAGGUGAAGCCGAAACCAAAGAAGCUGAAACCAAAGAAGCAAUCAGAAAAAGUACAUACAAAGCAGAUUUCUGAUGAUUCCAAUGCACGAAAGGGUCAAGCUGCUUCUGGAUGGCCACUUCAACCUCCUUUAUACUUGCCGGUCCCGCCUCCACAAUCUGCCAACUCUAAGUUAGAUGACAUCCGGUCUGUCCUUCAGGAGAGCGAGAAAGUUUUGGAAAGGUUGAACAAACAGCAGGAAAACCUGUUGCAGGAAGUUACUGAAAGAGCCAAGGAACUUCACGACAAGGAGUUCAAACUGCCACAACAGAAGCACCUUCCCUGUUUGGAAGAGAAAGAUGCUUGUUUGAAGUGCUACAAGGAACAUGUGAAGGACCCCCUAAAAUGUGCUAGUUUCGUCAAGGAUUUUGCAGAUUGUGCACGCAGAGUUAGGCAGCUAGUUGGCUCGGCAGAUAAAUAG